AUGGCUGAUACUAAGAUACCGGUAUUUGAUGGAGAAGACUACGGGAACUGGAAAAGAAGAAUGGAAAUGUACCUGAAAAUGAAGAAAUGCUAUACAGUGGUUUCAACAGCGAAAACAAGCAUGGACAAAGCGGAUACAUGGGAAGAAGAAAAUUUGAUUGCAAUGAACUACAUAUAUGGAGCAAUUUCGAACAAGCAACUAGAAUUUGUGAGUGAUAAGGAAACUGCAUUUGAAAUAAUGAAAAAGUCUGAUGAUUUAUACUGCAAAUUGUGUGCAGAAACAACCUGUGCAAAAGUGACAGAAAAAGAGAAGCUAAAUUAUAUGUUGAGAACAUUGGCAGAAACCUUGAGCUGUAUUGGGAACUUGAUCGAUGUUUUGAAAGAAGAAGAUCAGACAGUGGAAUAUGUUAAAAGUAAACUUCAGUUGACUGAUCUAAAAGAAAAGGAUGGAAGUGAAUGUGUAAAAUCCAAUGCAUUUCGUGCUGAAAAGAAUACUAGUAUGAGCUACCAAGAGCAAUUGUGUUACGGAUGUGGCAAACCAGGUCAUAUAAGGAGGGACUUUUGUCAUUGA